CGACUAGAACAGUAGUSUCCAACCAUUGCAACACACUCGACGCGACACAACGCAACGACGAAAAUGACGAAACGCCAUGGUUGGAAGCACGACUGUUUCGAACCGCUGACAAUKGACGACUAUCUCGACGGAUGCGRCAGCMACUUGUUUCCCUCCGAGAACCACGGCGAYGCGAGUUUCACGGGGGUYUGGCAGUCGUCWCCUUUGUUUCUAGUUUGGCUGGAGCACAACUGGUCCAAAAUCGUGGAAGCAGCGACCGCGACGACUCCUCCUACCUCGGUGCCGUUUUCUAUUUUGGAACUGGGAUCCGGCACCGGCUUUUUGGGGAUCCAUUUGGCAUACAACCUGCAGCAGACCCUGGCGGGAGCUGCAUGCCAGGAAUCGAAUCCCACGCACCGGUACAAGGUAACCCUCAGCGAUACCCCCAGAAGYGGAGCCUAUUUCUGGACAAAGGCCAACCUGGAAAAGGCGCUGCGCGGGCAAGAACGAGAGCAAGGAGACGGCGACGGGGGAGAAGAAAAGAAGGAAGCAYUCGAUUGCGGGGAGAGAAGAACACUUGCUGGGAUUUCAAGCSAGAACCUUUGCGUGAUACCCUUCGACUGGGCCUGCCAAGAACAACGCCGGGCCGUCUCGACGCAGAUGGACGACUGGGAUCUGGUGAUCGGAACGGAUCUGAUCUACAGCGAAGAAGGCUGCCACUACCUGGUGCAAGCCAUGGCGAGCCUACUGAACGAGUCGCCGCCGUCUCCAUCGCCGGCAGCGGCAACAGCAGCAGCAGCAGCAGGGAGAAGGCGCAAAAGGAGGAUUUUGUACGGCCACACGUCGGGCCGGAUCGAAGGGCUCGAUCAAAAGUUCGAAAGCGAUCUUUCUGGCCGGGGGCUGCGAUGGACUGUUUUGGAACGCAUCCCGUUGCCGUCAUGGAGCGAGCGCUUUACGACCAUAUACGAUAUACAGCUCUAGUAGCAAGUUGCUACGCACGAAGUAGUAGACAAYAUUGUACGCACUUUCGUCAACGAAACUGCCAACAAAGGAUUUUAAUUCAU